CUCCCUCCUUCCCUCCUUCCCUCUCUCCCUCUUUCCCUCCUUCCCUCCUUCCCUUUCUCUUUUCUUCAUCCUCCAGGUCGCACCAUCCCCCCUACCUCCUCCCUCCUCCCCCCCUCUGCCCCUCCCUCUUCAUCCCUAUGCCCCUCCUCCUCCUCCUCCUCCUCUCCAUCAUUCAGGGAGUGCCAGGUGCCCCUGCUGGAGAAUAAUUCCUCCCACUCCCGCCUGGAGCCCCGCCCCCACAAUGACUCAUACCUGCUCAGACACCAACCCCCCUCUUCCGGAGCUCCUAACCACCUCGGUGGGUCCACCCUGCGACCCCCCCUGCCUCCCCCUCACAACCACCAGACCCUUUCCCACCACCACCACCACUCCUCAGCCAACAGCCUGAACAGGAACACCCUGAGAGGGGGUAGGAACACCAUCCAUGCCCCCCCUCCGGUACCAGGGGAAGGGUCCACCUCACCGGAGUCGGUACAGCUACAGGACAGCUGGGUACUGAAUAGUAACGUCCCACUGGAAACCAGGCACUUCCUGUUUAAGACGUCGUCGGGGACGACCCCCCUCUUCAGUAGCUCCUCUCCCGGUUACCCUCUGACCUCUGGGACGGUCUACUCUCCACCCCCUCGCCUAUUACCCAGAAACACCUUCUCCCGCUCUGCCUUCAAGCUCAAUAAGCCGUCUAAGUACUGCAGCUGGAAAUGUGCUGCCGUGUCGGCCAUUACUACAGCCAGCUUGCUGGCUAUAAUACUGUCUUACUUUAUAGCCAUUAACCUGUUGGAUCUGACGUGGCAACUGCAGCCCUCUGAAGGCCCUGUGUUGAACAACGGUCUGAGUACUGCAGGACUAGCUGUCAACAGUGAUGUGGCCACACUGCCCUCUGGAGGCAGAGCUCCAUGGCAAGGUCCUAACAUCAGUAUAGACAGUGGGGAUGUGGAGGUGGGGAGGAGGGUGAGUCAGGAGAUUCCUCCAGGGAUGUUCUGGAGGUCUCUGCUUCACCUGGCCCAGCCGCAGUUCCUCAAGUUCAACAUCUCCCUGGGGAAAGAUGCUCUGUUCGGGGUCUACAUCCGCAAGGGCCUUCCCCCCUCACACGCGCAGUAUGACUACAUGGAACGCUUGGACGGUAAAGAGAAGUGGAGUGUUGUUGAGUCUCCUCGAGAACGCCGCAGCAUCCAGACUGUGGUUCUAAACGAAGCAGUGUUUGUUCAGUACCUGGACCCGGGAGCAUGGCAUCUAGCCUUCUACAAUGACGGACGAGAAAGAGAGACCGUCUCCUUCAACACUGCUGUAAUGGACUCGGUACAGGAGUGUCCCCGUAAUUGUCAUGGCAACGGAGAGUGUGUGUCUGGUGUGUGUCACUGCUUCCCUGGGUUCCAUGGCAUGGACUGCUCCAAAGAGGCCUGUCCAGUGCUGUGUAGUGGUAAUGGUCAGUAUGAUAAGGGAUCCUGUAUCUGCUACAGUGGAUGGAAGGGAGCAGAGUGUGCCGUCCCUACCACCCACUGCAUUGACCCUCUCUGUAGUGGACAUGGGACCUGCGCUGACGGGACCUGUGUCUGCUCCCUGGGGUACAAGGGAGACAACUGUGCCAAAGUGGACUGCCUGGACCCGACCUGUUCUAAUAAUGGUAUCUGUGUAAACGGGGAGUGCCACUGUAAACCCGGCUGGGGCGGCCCACACUGUGAGCUGCAGCGGGCACUAUGCCCAGACCAAUGCCAUGGCCAUGGUGCAUUCAUACCAGACACUGGCCUCUGUAGCUGUGACCCUAACUGGAUGGGACCAGACUGCUCUGUAGAAGUGUGUUCUGUGGACUGCGGGACUCACGGUGUGUGUUUGGGCGCAGCGUGUCAGUGUGAGGAGGGCUGGACAGGUACCGGGUGUGACCAGCGAGUGUGUAACCCACUGUGCAUCAAACAUGGAACCUGCAAGGACGGCAAGUGCCAGUGUCACCAGGGCUGGAAUGGAGAACACUGCACCAUCGAUGGUUGUCCUAACCUGUGUAAUGGUAAUGGUCAGUGUACCAUAGGGGAGCAGAGCUGGCACUGUGAAUGCCAGACAGGCUGGAGGGGUGCCGGAUGCAGCGUUGCCAUGGAGACCUCCUGUGCCGACAACACGGACAAUGAAGGAGGUACAUUUACAUUUACAUUUAAGUCAUUUAGCAGACGCUCUUAUCCAGAGCGACUUACAAAUUGGUGCAUUCACCUAAUGACAUCCAGUGGAACAGCCACUUUACAAUAGUGCAUCUAAAUCUUUUAAGGGGGGGGGGGGCAGAAGGAUUGCUUUAUCCUAUCCUAGGUAUUCCUUGAAGAGGUGGGGUUUCAGGUGUCUCCGGAAGGUGGUGAUUGACUCCGCUGUCCUGGCGUCGUGAGGGAGUUUGUUCCACCAUUGGGGUGCCAGAGCAGCGAACAGUUUUGACUGGGCUGAGCGGGAACUGUACUUCCUCAGUGGUAGGGAGGCGAGCAGGCCAGAGGUGGAUGAACGCAGUGCCCUUGUUUGGGUGUAGGGCCUGAUCAGAGCCUGAAGGUACUGAGGUGCCGUUCCCCUCACAGCUCCGUAGGCAAGCACCAUGGUCUUGUGUGUGUGUGUGAAAUUAAGGGUUAGACCUCUGGUAGUCCAGCAGUGCAAACUUUUCAUCUUAAGUUGAAAUAAAUUGUAAGGAGAAUGAAGUAACCUUUCAUAGUUUCUGUACAGCACUUUGAGAUAUCAGCUGAUGUAAGAAGGGCUAUAUAAAUACAUUUGAUUUGAUUUGAUAGUAAUAUGUGUAUGUUUGAGACACUGAAACUAUCUCACCUCUCCACUCCCCUCUCUCUCAUCCUCUCUUUCUCCCUUAUCUCUCUCUCCCUCCUCUCUUUCUCCAUCCUCUCUCUCUCCCUCCUCUCUUUCUCCCUCCUCUCUCUCCCUCCUCUCUCUCUCUCCUUCCUCUCUCUCUCCUUCCUCUCUUUCUCCCUCCUCUCUCUCUCUCCCUCCUCUCUUUCUCCCUCCUCUCUCUCUCCCUCCUCUCUUUCUCCCUCAUCUCUCUCUCCCUCCUCUCUUUCUCCAUCCUCUCUUUCUCCCUCAUCUCUCUCUCCCUCCUCUCUUUCUCCAUCCUCUCUCUCUCCCUCCUCUCUUUCUCCAUCCUCUCUUUCUCCCUCAUCUCUCUCUCCCUCCUCUCUUUCUCCCUCCUCUCUCUCUCCCUCCUCUCUUUCUCCCUCCUCUCUCUCUCUCCCUCCUCUCUUUCUCCCUCCUCUCUCUCUCCCUCCUCUCUUUCUCCCUCAUCUCUCUCUCCCUCCUCUCUUUCUCCAUCCUCUCUUUCUCCCUCAUCUCUCUCUCCCUCCUCUCUUUCUCCAUCCUCUCU